CUGGAAAUGGCUCUCCUGCUGCUGCACCUGUAGCCCUGCCUCCCUGGCUCCAGGGACAGUCCCCGCCCAGGCGGCCCUGGAGACAGACUCGGUCAGUCCCGGCCAUGGAGGAGCCACAGACACGGAGGGCGGGGAAUCCUCAAGACUGGGGGUCCUCGGGGAGCUGGCCCGAGCCCCGGCAGGCCAGAGCAGGCCCUUCACUGUCCUCUGUGUUGAGUGAGCUCCCCAGCGCUGCCACCGUUCGCUACCGAGGCCCAGGGGUGCUGCCCUGGGGGGGCGUGGAGGAGGAGGGUGAGGAGGAAGACCGCAGCUUCCAGGCCUUGGCAGAAGCCGCCCACCAGGAGCAGCAGGACGUCCUCCCGUCCCGGGAGCUGCCCUGGCCCAUGCAGGCCAGGCGGGCACACAGGAAGAGCCAAGCUAGGGGCCAGGCGGCUCAGGCCUCGGGGUCCAGGGUGACCCACUGGACCCUGCAGCUUCGAAGAUCCAAGGAGAAGUUUCAGCGUGCCUUACAGGCUGCCAAACCCUGGGCGUGGACACUGAAGAAGAUUGGGGGCCAGUUCGGCGCGGGCACGGCCUCCUACUUCUCCCUGCUGCGCUUCCUGCUGGCACUCAACAUCCUGGCCUCCCUGCUGAGCGUCUGCAUGGCUCUGCUGCCCACCUGGCUGGAGGGGCCUCCCCCACCCCCUCCAGACACCCACAACUCCACCUGUGGACACUACGACCCCCACCUCCAGGGCUUGGUCUCCUUCCCUUCCCAGCUCUUCAGCCUGCUGUCUGGGGAGGGAUUUCUGGAACGGUCCCCGCUCUUCUACGGGUUCUUCCCGCCGCGCCCUCGCCUGGCCAUCACCUACCUGAGCCGCACCUUCGCUGGGGGCCUCCUCUCCCUGCUGCUCAUCCUGCACCGCUCAGUGUCCGGGCUGAAGCAAACGCUGUUGGCCGAGUCGGGGGCCCUGACCAGCUACAGCCACCGCGUGUUCUCCGCCUGGGACUUCGGUCUCUGCGGGCAGGUCCACGUGCAACUGCGCAGGCGCCAGAUCCUGGGCGAGCUCAAGCUGGAGCUGGAGGAGGCGGACGUGCGGCGCCGGGCCGCGGUGCGGACCCUGGGCCAGCAAGUCUGGGUGUGGUCGGUGCGGGCGCUGCUCAACCUGCUGGUGUGUGGCCUGCUGGCCGCAGCCUUCUACGGCGUCUACUGGGCCACGGGCGCCUCCGUGCAGCUGCAGGAGGCGUCCAUUGUCCAGAAGGCCCCGCUGCUAAAGCUCGUGGUGGAUUUCCUCCCAUCAAUCUUCGUCUCGGGGGUCAACUUCGUUCUGCCUCCUGUGUUCAAGCUCCUCGCCCCCCUGGAGGGCUACACCCAGAGCCACCAGGACCGUGUUCCUCCGUCUGGCCUCCCUGGUGAUGCUGCUCGUCUCGCUGUGGAGUCAGAUCACGUGCGGGGGCGAUGCCGAGGCGCCGGCCUGCAAGACCUGCGGCUACAACUACGAAGAGCUCCCGUGCUGGGAGACUCGGAUAGGGCAAGAGAUGUACAAGCUGCUGCUCUUCGAUCUGCUCACGGGCCUGGCGGUCACACUGCUCAUCCAAUUUCCGCGAAAGCUGCUGUGCAGCAACCUCUGCCCCAAGGUGGCCGCCCAGGAGUUCCAGGUGCCCGACGAGGUGCUGGGGCUCAUCUACGCGCAGACGGUGGUCUGGGUGGGCAGCUUCUUCUGCCCUCUGCUGCCCCUGCUCAACACGGUCAAGUUCCUGCUGCUCUUCUACUUGAAGAAGGUGUGGGCUGGGGCACGAGGGGACGGAGAAGGAGCCGUGGGAGACUGGACGGGGUGCAGUGCCGCCCCCCCACACACACACGCGCACACGGGACACUGACUUCUGAGUCCGACUCGCUGGGCCUGGACCCCCGGCUGCCGGCUGUUACAUUCUCCCCACCCUCCCCGCCAGCUCACCCUCUUCUCCACCUGCUCCCCGGCCGCCCGCACCUUCCGGGCCUCCGCAGCGAGUUUCUUUUUUCCCCUGGUCCUCCUCCUGGGCCUGGCCGUCUCCGCCGUCCCGGUGCUCUACAGCAUUUUCCUGUAAGUGCCGAGAGGCAGGCGCCCGCCGCUCGCUCCUUCCCGCCGCCCUCCCUCCUGCGGGGCACGGACUCACGCCCGCUGUCUUGCACGUCAGGAUCCCCCCGUCCAAGCUGUGUGGCCCCUUCCGGGGCCAGGAGUCCAUCUGGGCCCAGAUCCCAGAGUCCAUCCGUGGCCUCUCUCAGACCAGCCAGGAUUUCCUCUUCUUCCUGGGAACCCAGGCUUUUGCGGUUCCCCUUCUGCUGCUCUCCAGCAUCCUCAUGGCCUACACCGUGGCCCUGGCUAACUCCCACGGCCGCCUCAUCUCUGAGCUGAAAAAGCAGAUCGAGACGGAGUCUCAGAACAAAGUCUUCCUGGCACGGCGCGCGGUGGCGCUGAGCUCCGCCCAGGCCCUCUGAGCCGCCGGGCCGAUCCCGAUCCCGAUCCCGUCGCCCGUCGAGUCGCCGAGAAGACCCAGGUGCUUCGGGCCAGGGAAGCCAGUGGAGCGGCUAGUCUGCCCAGCCCCUCGCUUCUCUCCCCUCAGUAAACAGCCCGGCUCCUGCGAGCUUUAAACGGUGCAUCCCAGUGGUAUUGUUAUACGGAGAACUGAGAAAUGUUAUGCAUGUACAAACUAUUGUAUUUACUGUUGGAUGUAAAACAUUAAUUCCCCAAUGAAGAAAUUAAAAACAAAACAAAAAUGUGCAUCC